AAACGAGAUUCAAUCUGGUUGAAGAUUCUUUGAACAAUGCUUGAAUCUUUGAAUUUUUUUUGAGUCUUGUUUUGUUGUUUUUGGUCCUUGUUUUUGUUUUUGAAGAACUCUUUUGUUUUUUUUUUAAAUUUGGGAUUUUUUCGUGCAUUUUGAUGGGUGGAUUCAGAUUUGUACUCAAUUUGCGAUUUUAGCAUCUGCGUAUGUUUCAGAUUUGAGGUUUGGUGUCUCCUCUGAUUAAGCAAGGAGAGGUUUGUAUAAAUCUAGAAUUAGAAGGUGAGGAAUUGAGGUGGGACAUUGAGAAUGGAGUACGAAAGUAACAGCUGGAUUUGGGAUGGGGUGUAUUACUACACACAUUUCUUUGGAGGUCUGAUGCUCAUGGUGGCGUUGCUAGGCGUGUCCACCAGCUAUUUUGGAGGAAUUGGAGUUUUUUCAUUGCACCAAUUGUGGUCUGAUUCUGGGAUCUUUCACAAUAAGAAAGGUAAGAAGAAGAAACGUGUGCGAGUUUACAUGGAUGGCUGCUUUGAUCUCAUGCAUUUUGGCCAUGCUAAUGCGUUGAGGCAGGCGAAGGAUUUGGGAGAUGAAUUAAUUGUCGGUGUUGUUAGUGAUGAGGAGAUCGUCGCAAAUAAGGGACCCCCUGUCUUGUCCAAGGAGGAGAGGUUGGCCCUUGUUAGUGGAUUAAAGUGGGUUGAUGAAGUUAUAGCCAAUGCUCCUUAUGCCAUUACUGAGCAGUUCAUGAACUGUCUCUUCACUGAGCACAAGAUUGACUAUAUCAUACAUGGUGAUGAUCCUUGUCUGCUUCCAGAUGGAACUGAUGCUUAUGCUUUGGCAAAGAAAGUUGGCCGUUACAAGCAGAUUAAGCGCACAGAAGGUGUCUCCAGCACAGAUAUUGUAGGGAGGAUACUUUCUUCUAUGGAAGAUACAAAAUCUCGUGAAGAUUGUAAUGGUACAUCCUUGCCCGUAAAUCCCCAGAAAGUGAUUAAAUCCAAGAGUGCCAACAUAUCUCAAUUUCUGCCAACAUCCCGUAGGAUUGUGCAGUUUUCUAAUUGCAAGGGGCCUGGACCAAAUGCUCGUGUAGUGUACAUUGAUGGGGCAUUUGAUCUCUUUCAUGCAGGACAUGUAGAGAUUCUUAAGAAGGCUAGGCAGCUUGGAGAUUUUCUUCUAGUUGGAGUCCACACUGACCAGAUUGUGAGUGAACACAGAGGUAAUCACCACCCGAUCAUGCAUCUACAUGAGCGUAGCCUCAGUGUGCUGGCUUGUCGAUAUGUUGAUGAAGUCAUCAUUGGUGCACCUUGGGCAGUUACUCAGGACAUGAUAACCACCUUCAACAUCUGUUUGGUUGUGCGAGGGACAGUUGCUGAGACCAACUCUUCAUUGGCUGAUGAAACUGAUCCUUAUGCAGUUCCCAAAAGCAUGGGAAUUUUCCAGUUACUCGAGAGUCCUAAAAGUACAACUACAACUUCAGUGGCCCAAAGGAUAGUCGCUAAUCAUGAUGCCUACAUGCUUGACUUUAAAUGCAGAAACGCAAUGCAAAGAAAGCAGCUAGCGAGCAGAAGUACUACGAAGAGAAGAAAUUUGUUUCGGGAGAUUAGCUAAAAGAGAAAUUUAGUAGGGGCAAGUUUUCAGCACAGUUGUCGAUGCCGCCGUAACCCAUCAUAGAAUUGCCUGUUUUUUAUUGUUGAGGUUAUAGAAACAGUCUUAUACACAUCUCUCUUGAAAGUAAACAAGAUAAAAAGGAUUCAAGUUGAUAGGAGGACACCCUCAUCAGAGACUUGGAUGAACUGUUUUUUGUUUCUUUUAUUUUUUUCUUUCCUAAUGUAACUUUUAUCUCAUAGUAGGCACGAACCCUUCUAAUAACAAGGAAGAUUUGCAUAAAGCUGAAGCUCCUUUUGUAUGUUGUAAACAAUGGUAAUAUCUUUAUAUUCAUUCUCCUUUUUCUCAA